AGAGGGUGGUGUGGGUUGACGACAAACGGCCAGAAGGGAAGCAGCGGAUGAGCUGCGGUGGGGGUAUGAGGAGGCCAUUCUCCAGACCUUUACCUUCCACCAACCCACCUCUUCGCGCAGCCCAACACACUUACUUAUCGUACGCAAAGGCAGCUUGUUUUCUUUUCCGGCGGAAACAGGCGAGGCAUCAGGUUCUUUAUUCCGACAAAUCGACAACAAGGGGCGCCGGCUCGUAUGUCGCGCGCGAGGCGAAAGGGAGAGAAAGACUCCAAGGUGCGGUAGAUGGCGGGCCAACAGGGUCAGUAUUAUGAUCGCGGCUUCCGCGAGGCUGUGCUGGGGAAGUGUCAGGUUCAGACCUGUAUCGAUCGGUUUGGCGACGGAGCUACCGAAGUGAUCCGGCAACGCGAGCGCGACCACAUCAACGGCGUCGAGAAUGACACCCUUGUCCAGGGCGUCCCGUCUGACCAGAUUGUAACUGGUGUCGAGGACGAGGAUGCGGGCAGCUCACAGCCAACGUCCUUGGAGAGGAAGAUACCGAAGACGCCGUACUUUAGGAACAACCUGACAGCUCUGUCGCAGAGAUACAAUUUCUACUUCGCUGCGUACGAAAACCGAAUCUUCGUCUACCGCCCCAAGGGCAUCCCGAAACAGGCACUUCCUCGGGAGCCGAGCCUCAUUCUGGCCACAAAGCCUGACAAGAUCGCGCGACAUAUUGGGGGCACGCUGAAUUUGCGCUUCUGCCAUCAGAUCAACCACAUCGCCGUUGGGUUCCUCGGGAGGGAGGAAAUCCUCGUUUCGGUCUACGAUGAUGGGUCGGUUUUCGCGUACUACAUCCGGAAGAUUGCAAAGUACGUUGAGCGCAUAGCGUCUAGUUGUCGGGAACCUAACCCGGUGCCGGCGUACUUCUUUCGCGAGAACGUGGGUAUUUCGGCAUGGGGCAUCGCGAUCCACCAAAAGUCGCGACUCAUCGCCAUCAGCUCCAAUAAGCGGGAAGUAACCGUAUUUGCCUUUGGACUCUCCCGGUUGCCCGAGGACAUGGAUUGCCAUGCGAGACAUCUGGAUUACUGCGAAAGAUCAGUUCUCAAGAGGAAACGGAAUUGGAGGAUCUGCAUACCCCUGGGUGAAGGGGGGCACAACAUUCCUAAUCUAUCUCUCUGGGACGACCAUCAGGGCUACGCUGAGAAAGUUGUUGCGAAUGAUAUCUACGGGACUACCUGGAUCUUGGACAUAUGGAAGGCCGGAACGGCGCCAUUCAAGAUGUCGCACAGAGCCAAUGUCCAAGGGCAAUGGGCAUUCCGGAAUCCGAUGGGCUGGGGCGUCAUUGUCCUUCCGUACGAGAGUUUUCUGCCUGCACGAUUUGUGACGGAUCUACUAGGCAUGGAAGAGUCAGACAUCAUGAACGCAAAGAACUCUCACGCUGGGCGAUGGAUCGAGACCCAACGGGGCCUAUCUCGCAUUCGCGAUCAUCCUGCGGAGCCCAUUGCUCAACGCAUGCCGGAACCGGAAGCGUUUGGCCACCACCACGGGGCAGCAUGGUUUCAGCAGCAACAGCCAGCUUUCCUGGCUGCUAUACUAAAUAAUCAACAGUUUCUUGGACUUCCGGCACCGCCGCCGCCGCCGCCGCCUCCCCCCCCUCCAGCGCUGGAUGACGACGACAACAACAACAACGCAGCCGGUGGUGCUGUACCUCCCGCAAAUGUCAUUGUCCCUCCAGGCGCCCCAGCGGUACAGAAUGCGGUUCUGUUUACCCCGGAUCACGAUGACGAUGACGACGACGGGUGGAGCGAGGAGGAAGAAGAAGAAAUCCCGGUCGCAGCAUGGGACAGUACGUCUUCUUCUGCUAUUGAUAGUGAAGACGAUGGUGUGGGUGGGCCUAACGGCGAGGAUGCGAAUGAGAUUGUCUUCAUCGAGGAGGCGCUCUCUGCAACAGAAGAAGAGGUUGGGUCCGGCGUGGGUAUGACGCAGAUCUCGCCGCCUGAAAUGCUUUCUAGCUUCUUCAAGAACUCACCGAACCACGACUUGAGCGGAUUCCAAUCUUCCUGGCUAGACAUGAUCUAUACGCCCCACGAUGGUAAAACGUAUGUUGCGCCGACGUCAGUCAUCGGACGCCUUCAGUAUCUGCGUCGACCGCUGGUGAAGAACCGGAACACAAAGGAGCAGGACAGAAGCGCCCUCGAAGAGCUGGGAAGCCGGUGCUGCAUCUUGCGAACCUACGAAGAAGACAUUGAGAUGCGUAGCAUCAACCCAGACGACGGUGCGGCGGUAUUCUGCAAGGAUCCCAUCAGCUGGAUGUACCCGCCUCACCCCUUACUUCAGCAUUCCGAGCGGCUCAACAUGAUUCUUCAUAUCCCGGAGCUGUCGCUCGUGGUGAUUGGAUCCGCCAUGGGCCGGGCGAUUUUGCUGACCCCGACACGCUCGCGCUACCACAUCCCUGGGAACGGGUAUAAGCUGAAGCAAGGAUUCCGAAUCGAUCGGGUUCUGCCGACGCUUUCGGACGAGAAGGCUGGACGUCGGCCGCCUCGGGGCCUCUAUGGCAUCGCUGCCGGUCCGAUUCAGGAGGGUGGCGCGACGGGGUGUUUGCUGCGUGCUGAUGAUGCGCCUAUGCCGUCGCCUGCGUCGAGGCGGUACAGGCUUAUGCUGCAUUAUCGGGAUCAUAGUAUUUUGAGUUACGAGAUCAGUCGGGAUGACAAGAAUGAGCAUGUUCUCAUCUUUUGAGAUGAGGGUUAUCUCUUUACCUCCAAGGUAACGGGGAAAGGAGGCCGCGGGCAUUGAUUUCAUCAAAUACGCUGGAGGCCUUGGAAGUUAUGCAUUUUUCUCUGCGGCAACAUGAGGAUGGCGUUUUCUUGAGGCAUUUCAAAGGCUUUUUCUUUUUCCUGAUACCCGGCCUAGUGAACUCCCCGUUUCCGUAGUUUUGCUCGCAGGAAAGGCGGGGGGGGGGACUCUGAGCAGAAGAUAGCUAGGCCUUUUGAAGAAUACGACGAAUCUCCACACUGAAA